CCGUGCGUGUUUACCGAAUGGUCCUACCGAGCGUCAUUGCCUAAUUCAACGAGGCCCAUAAAACUGACGUUAGCUCGCUUUGACCGACGCUCACCUGCGCUCUCGCGCAUAGCGCGCUAUAAGAGCGUCGAAUAGAGGGGGGAUAAGUAGACGCACGGACAGGAUAUAAUACAUUCGGAGACGCUGGCUGUAUUAUGCUUAUAAAAGCGGCGAUAGCGCGCCGCAGAAUCCAGUCUUGCUUCGGUACAACUAGAGAGACGCUCGGCUAAAGUUUGUUGUUGUUAUUAGUGUUGCUGUACUGAUAGAAGAUACACGUUGCAUCAUGAAGCUCGCGUUCGCACUUGGAGCCGUCCUGCUGGUCUGCCUGGUCUGCAGCAUCGAAGCCGGCCCUACGGAGAAGCCCGUGACGACAGCCAAGCCGACAGCCUCGAAGGAAGUUAAGGAUGCGAUAAAGAACGCCAAAGAGGCGAAGAAGGCCAAGAAGGACUGCCUCAAGAGCUGCCCGACGGAUUACGUUCCAAUUUGCGCCCACGAUCCAGCCAACGCCAGCUUCAAACCCAGGACCUUCGGCAACCAGUGCGUCCUCGACACUCACAACUGCGAGAUGGGAACGAAGCUCGUCAUGAAGAUGAAGGGUGAAUGCCCGGGAUCCGACGGAGUCAGACUGUAAUCGCCCUCGACGACUGCUUCGCGCGCAUCGAUGUAUCUAAGUCACGCAUAAUAAACGUUGUUUAUACUCUGCGAGCUGUCGACCCUCCUAUUCUCACGCAGUGCAUUUCGUUGUUCUUUGUUUUUUGUUUUUAAUUAUUCAUACGAUGUAUACCUAUAUGACUUGUAAUAAUCAUUGUGUAUAAAAAGCUUCAUUAUAUACCGUAAAGAAGAUAAACCCGUAAUCUAACUAUAUACUUA